AUGGGCUGCGCCCCCAGCAUCCACGUCUCGCAGAGCGGCGUGAUCUACUGCCGGGACUCGGACGAGUCCAACUCGCCCCGCCAGACCACCAGCGUGUCGCAGGGCCCCGCGGCACCUCUGCACGGCCUCUUCGUCCAGACCGACGCCGCCGACGCCAUCCCCCCGAGCCGCGCAUCCGGACCCCCCGGCAACGCCCGCGUCCGCAGGGCCCGCGCCGAGCUGGGCAGCGGCGGCAGCAGCAGCAGCGCGGGCUCCGCAGCCCCCGCCGCGACCACCUGCAGGGGCCGGAGUCGACACUGCUGCAGCAGCGCUGAGGCCGAGACUCAGACCAGCUACACCAGCGUCAAGCAGGCUUCUUCUGCGGAGGUACGCAUUGGGCCCAUGAGACUGACACAGGACCCUAUCCAGGUUUUGCUGAUCUUUGCGAAGGAAGAUAGUCAGAGUGACGGAUUCUGGUGGGCCUGUGACAGAGCCGGCUACAGGUGCAAUAUCUCUCGGACUCCGGAGUCAGCCCUUGAGUGCUUUUUAGAUAAGCACCAUGAAAUUAUCGUUAUUGAUCACAGGCAAACUCGAAACUUUGAUGCAGAAGCUGUGUGCAGGUCAAUCCGGGCCACAAAUCCCUCCGAGCACACGGUGAUCCUUGCGGUGGUUUCACAAGCAUCGGGUGACCAUGAAGAGGCCUCUGUCCUUCCACUUCUCCAUGCUGGCUUCAACAGGAGAUAUAUGGAGAAUAGCAGCAUAAUUGCUUGCUAUAAUGAACUGAUUCAAAUAGAACAUGGGGAAGUUCGCUCACAGUUCAAACUACGGGCCUGUAAUUCAGUGUUUACAGCAUUAGACCACUGUCAUGAAGCCAUAGAAAUAACAAGCGAUGACCAUGUGAUCCAGUAUGUCAACCCCGCCUUUGAAAGGAUGAUGGGCUACCACAAAGGUGAGCUCCUGGGGAAAGAACUUGCCGAGCUGCCCAAAAGUGACAAGAACCGGGCAGACCUUCUCGACACCAUCAACACAUGCAUCAAGAAGGGAAAGGAGUGGCAGGGGGUUUACUAUGCCAGACGGAAAUCCGGAGACAGCAUCCAACAGCAUGUGAAGAUCACGCCAGUGAUUGGCCAAGGAGGGAAAAUUAGGCAUUUUGUCUCCCUCAAGAAACUGUGUUGUACCACGGACAAUAAUAAGCAGAUUCACAAGAUUCAUCGUGAUUCAGGAGACAAUUCUCAGACAGAGUCUCAUUCAUUCAGACACAAGAACAGGAGGAAAGAGUCCAUUGAUGUGAAAUCGAUAUCAUCUCGAGGCAGCGAUGCACCAAGCCUACAGAACCGUCGCUAUCCAUCCAUGGCAAGGAUCCACUCCAUGACCAUCGAGGCUCCCAUCACAAAGGUCAUAAAUAUAAUCAAUGCAGCCCAAGAAAACAGCCCUGUCACAGUAGCAGAAGCCUUGGAUAGGGUUUUAGAAAUUUUACGGACCACAGAGCUGUACUCCCCUCAGCUGGGUACCAAAGAUGAAGAUCCUCACACCAGUGAUCUAGUCGGAGGCCUGAUGACUGAUGGCUUAAGAAGGUUGUCAGGAAAUGAGUAUGUGUUUACUAAGAACGUGCACCAGAGUCACAGUCACCUUGCGAUGCCAAUAACCAUCAACGAUGUUCCCCCUUGUAUUGCUCAAUUACUUGAUAAUGAGGAAAGUUGGGACUUCAACAUCUUUGAAUUGGAAGCUGUUACACAUAAAAGGCCAUUGGUUUACCUGGGCUUGAAGGUCUUUUCCCGGUUUGGAGUAUGUGAAUUUUUGAACUGUUCUGAAACCACUCUUCGGGCUUGGCUGCAAGUGAUUGAAGCCAACUACCACUCCUCCAAUGCCUACCAUAACUCCACUCAUGCCGCCGAUGUCCUGCAUGCCACUGCUUUCUUCCUUGGAAAGGAAAGAGUAAAGGGAAGCCUAGAUCAGCUGGAUGAGGUGGCAGCACUGAUUGCUGCCACAGUCCAUGAUGUGGAUCACCCAGGAAGGACCAAUUCCUUCCUCUGCAAUGCAGGCAGUGAACUCGCUGUGCUCUACAAUGACACUGCUGUCUUGGAGAGUCACCACACAGCCCUGGCCUUCCAGCUGACAGUCAAGGACAGCAAGUGCAACAUUUUCAAGAAUAUUGACAGGAACCACUAUCGAACACUGCGCCAGGCUAUUAUUGACAUGGUCUUAGCAACGGAGAUGACAAAACACUUUGAACAUGUGAACAAAUUUGUGAAUAGUAUCAACAAACCAAUAGCCGCUGAGAUUGAGGGCAGUGACUGUGAAUGCAACCCUGUUGGGAAGAACUUUCCUGAAAACCAAAUGCUGAUCAAGCGGAUGAUGAUUAAGUGUGCUGAUGUGGCCAACCCAUGCCGCCCCUUGGACCUGUGCAUUGAAUGGGCCGGGCGGAUCUCAGAGGAGUAUUUUGCACAGACUGAUGAAGAGAAGAGACAGGGGCUACCUGUGGUGAUGCCAGUGUUUGACCGGAACACCUGUAGCAUCCCUAAGUCCCAGAUUUCCUUCAUUGAUUACUUCAUAACAGACAUGUUUGAUGCUUGGGAUGCCUUUGCACAUCUGCCAGCCCUGAUGCAACAUUUGGCUGAUAACUACAAACACUGGAAGACAUUGGAUGACCUAAAGUGCAAAAGUCUGAGGCUUCCAUCUGACAACUAA